GGAUCAUUGUAUUUUGCUGUCGCAUUUGUUGGUUUUGAAAAUUGUGUAACUGCUCAACCUAUUAUUGCUGUGGAGAGGACUGUCCUUUACAGAGAGCGUGCAGCUGGAAUGUACUCAGCUAUACCCUAUGCUCUCUCACAGGUUGUUGUGGAGAUACCAUAUGUGUUCGUCGAGACUGUUAUAUAUAUUUUUAUUGUGUACUCAAUGAUGUCUUUCCAGUGGACACCAGCAAAAUUCUUCUGGUUCUUCUAUAUUUCAUUCCUCACCUUCCUCUAUUUUACUUACUAUGGUAUGAUGAGUGUCGCCAUAACACCGAACCCUCAGGUCGCUUCCAUAUUUGCCGCUGCCUUCUACUCUCUCUUUAAUCUCUUCUCAGGGUUCAUCAUCCCGAGAUCGAAAAUCCCAAAAUGGUGGAUAUGGUACUACUGGAUUUGUCCGGUGGCAUGGACGGUUUAUGGACUGAUUGUUUCUCAGUAUGGUGAUGUGGAGGAUUUUAUCAAGGUGCCCGGUCAACCCGAUAAGCAAGUCAGGACUUUCAUCAAGGACUACUUUGGCUAUGACCCAGACUUCAUGGGUGUAGUAGCAGGAGUGCUGGCUGGCUUUACUGUCUAA